AUGAUAAACAUCGUGCACCAGAAAGUAACAAGCAAGCCGCCGAUAAGCCAAAAAUUUACAAAAUCACCCCGAAAUGCGGGGGAACGAGAAAGAAGUAGUGAGAAAAAAACUAAAGAAGAAAUCAAAGAUUGCAAUCAGAAUAUUAUUGAGACUGAUUCCUGCUCCUUGGACCAGUUGUGCAGCAUGAUAAGCGACCUGGAGCAGAGUCUUGUCCAGGAAGUAGUCGCUGUUGAAACUUGCACUCUUCCCGCGGAGAAUCCUGCUGCUUUUAUUGACCUGGACCAUAUGAUUGAUAAAGAAGAUUGCGGAUUUAGCGGAACUUCUGCUUCAACUUACGACGACAUAAUGUCUUUUUUAGGAACACUGGAGCAAGAUUGUCCAGUAGGAGACUUCGAAAGUUCUCCUAGACCCGAAAAACUCCCCGAAGAAAUCUACCAGCUGCAAUCUUUGAUAAAAAAUCCCAACCAAGCUUUAAGCGACAAGACCAAAGACGAUCUAGCAACUGCGUUGCUGCAAUUAGAGGACCGAGAGGCUACACUGAAGCUUCUGAAAGAAGAGUUAAAGAAUGAACGUAAAGCUGCCUGUGAUAAAUUAGAUUCCCAGAGAAAAGCUCACGUUACUGAAUUGCAAACCCAGAAGACAAAGUACCAGAAUAUAAUCCGCCGGCAUCAGAAAUUUGUCGAGCAGCUGAUUGAAGAAAAGAAGCAGCUGAGUGACAAGUGUAAUAAUUUAGCGAUUAAUAUUAAAGACAUGGAGAUAAAAUAUCAGAAAGAGUCAAAGCUAGCGAUGGACAAACACGCGGUGGAAAUCCAGCGAGUGAAGGAGAUGUGUUUAGCUGGAGAGAAGGUCCGGAGAGAAAGGUGGCUUGAAGCUAAGAAGAAUAAGAUUAAAGAGUCGACUGUGAAGGGCCUGGAGCCUGAAUUGAGGAACAUGAUUGACGCGCAUCAGAAAGAAGUUCUGGAGAUCCGCAGCGUGCAUAUGAAGGAGCUCCAGGAUGUUGAAUUAAGAGCCAUAAGACGCGCGAAUCAGCAGCUGGAAGAGCUGAGGAAGUUUUUUGAAGAUCUCCAGUUAGAAAAGAAGAAAUUUGCGGAAGAAUUGGAGAGAAGAGAUACUGAGCGGGACGCUGAGCUUCAGCGGGUCAUUAAGCAAAGCCAGGCGAAGGUAGAGAAGUUGACUACGGAGUUUGAAGUGGAUAGGAAGAAGCUGAGGGUAGAUUUAGAAGCUGAGAGGGAAGCUUGGGUGGAGAAUUUUAAGAAGCAGCAAAGUUCAAAGUUUGAAAUGGCUGAGGCGAGGGUUAGAGACGAGUGCAACAGGGAGAGAGACAGGCAAAUUGAGCUCGCGAUCGCGAGGAUAGAGAAGGAGACGAGGGAGGUUAAAGUGAGCUUGCAGAAGAGUGCGGAGAGCAAGCUAAAGAGCUUGAGGGAGAAGUACGAGGCUGAGUUGGAGGUAGCGAGGGAAAGUGAAAGAAUUGUUAGGGAGAAGUUGGAGGUUUGUGAGGGUAAGGUUGACGGGUUGGAGAAGGAGUUGAGGAGGGUUGAGUGUAAAUUGAGUAAAUGUUCGGUUGAGCUCCAGGAUUUGAGGAAGUCGGAGGAAAAACUUACUGAGGAGCGAGAUCAUGCGAAGAAAAUUGCGAGGAUGGAGAUUGAGAAGGAGAAGAAAGUUUUGGAGGAUAAAAAUGAUGAACUUUACAGGGAAAUUGAGCGGAUUAAUUGUAAUAGGGAUUCUAAUUUAGCGCAAUUGUACAGUAGGAUUAGGUUAAUUGUUACGCAGAAAGAUGUCGCGAUAAAGAGUCUUAGGAGGGAAUGUGAUGAGGCGAGGAAUAAGUGCGAUCAUUUGGAAAAAUUGAUAGAUCAGCAGCGGAAGGAGUAUGUGUUGAAAACUCUGUAA